AUGAAGCCCACUCAGCUUCUCAUGGCUCUUGCUACCAUUGCCUAUGCGGCCCCCACCGUAGAGCAGACAAUGGCCCCCACUCUCGCUGAACUCGACACGCAUUCCCAACCGCAUAUCAAGCGCUGCGGCAAGAAGGGCCCACCGCCGUACUAUGGAGAACACCCAUAUCCCAACCAAACUUAUAACCAGCUCACCGACGGGACGCCCUGCCGCAAUGUCACCCUGAUCUACGCGAGAGGAAUGGGGGGAAAGGGAAACGUAGGAGAAGUAAAUGGUGUCGGUCCUAUCAUAUUCAAUAGACUUGCCACGAUUAUUGGCGGCCCAGAGAACUUGGCCAUUGCAGGUGUGAAGUACAAGGCGAAUAUGAAGACCGUUAUUCAGAAAGGCCCUAGAGAGGGCGGUCGGGCCAUGACUGAGCUUAUCAAUCGGGCCGCAACCCAAUGUCCCGGUACCAAGAUUGUUCUCGUCGGUCACAGCGUCGGCGGUGCGUUGGUGCAUCAAAGUGCUGAGAACAUAACUACUGAGGUGACGGCGCGCAUCGCCGCUGCUGUUACCUUGGGAUAUAAGAAGAGAGAUCGGAUUGGGAAAAUACCCAAGUCGCGUAUUCUCGUUGUCUGCAGAAAAGGCGAUUCUUUCUGUAGUAAGACGGUCCCGUGGGAGCCCUUUGUCUACGGGUGUCCGAUUUGGUUCUACAAGAUAGUGAAAACCCACCAGAAUUACGAAAAGAAUGCCAAUGCUACGGCCGAUUGGAUUGCCGGUCGGCUGAAUGGUAACGUAUCUAGAUAG